GUCUUGACUUCCCGGAAGUGAGUGCUCAGCUGGUGACUGUCUCUGAGAGAUCUCUGCCUCAGAGGAAGCUUUUUUCAGGUUAAAAGCCAGUUAAAAGGAAACUUUGACUGGCUUAAAUGUUCUCCAAGGUAUAGGAGAACCGAUCAGAUUCUCCACAAGACUUCGUUGAGCUGUCGGCGGCUGGAAUUGAUCAGGAAAUUCCUGAGAUAAGAAGGCAUGCCGAUCGGCUGAAGACGGAGUCAGGACUUCCAUGCAAGCUGUACUGGGAUAAAGCGAAGCGUUUUUUUUCCUUCAAAAAAAAAACGUCCUUAACCAGCGAGCCUACUUCUGUCUAAAUCUUAUCAUUUGGCUUAAAUUACUACAAUAAAAGGGAUUUGUUUACGAAUCAGCAACUGAGAAACCUGGUGCUGCUUCAAGCCAAAGGGAGCCCACCUCAGCCAGUAUCCUGUUCUCACAGUGGCCAACCAGAUGACCUCCAAAGGGAAGCACACAAGUGUUGGAUUCAGAUGAUCCUGACAGUUGCAGGUGCCUCCCUGAUAGCUUGACGAAUCCACAGGUCCCAGAAGAGGUCCAGAACUACUUCAUCACAGCUGUCCAUAUCCACUCAUGGUUCUUACUGGCGUACAUGAUGAUGAUAUUUCCAUUUAUAGACUGCUCAUUGUCUGAAAGAUCUUGACGCGGUUUACAAUACAAGAAUGAGCAAAAUAUGUUGACAGUGCAAACUCCUGAAAACGGUUCCAGCCCGCUCAACGGAGAAUGUGUGUUGAUCAGCAAACAUGCCCUCAUUUCGGCAGAUAAGCCAGAGAGGAGUCAAUAUGCGGGCCCCGCAGCGUUCGGCGGCGCGGAUUGGACGGGGGUGCGGCUAACCGGAAGUGUUGCCAUGGCGGCAGGUGCGGACGGCCUGCUCAGCGGCCUGGUCUCGGGGCUGGAGACGUACCGGGGAAGAGACCUAGUGGUGCGCACGCUCUGCUAUGGCUGCCAGUUGGCCGGAGGAGCCUUGGCGGCCAGGAGUCACCCCACGGAGUCAUCCCUUGGCCGCAGCCUGCUGGCGGUGUCGGCACAGCUGAGCCACUGCCGGACUGUCCUGCGCCUUUUCGACGACCUCUCCAUGCUGGCCUACAGCCACCAGUAUGGGCUCGGGCCUGAGGGGGAGGACCAAGCCGUGCGUUGGCUCUCUGUCCUCAGCAACCUGGCCGACCAGCUCUACUACCCCUGCGAGCAUGUGGCCUGGGCUGCUGAUGCCAAGAUCAUCCGGGCCAACUCGAGCAAGUGGUGGGCACUCAGCACAGCCCUCUGGGGGGCAUCCCUGCUCCUGGGGAUUGCACGCUCUCUGAGGAUUUUGUCCCAGCUAAGAAGAAAACGGCAAGAAGGCCCCAGGGAGGACUCCUCUCACCACAGCAGGGACUCCCUUCAGGAAAGGAGGGUUCAAGCCAAGGCCGAAGUCUUGACCAUCAUCAGCAACCUGGCUGACCUCUCCAACGCCGUCCACUGGCUGCCACCGGGAGUCCUGUGGGCCGGGAAGUCCCCCCCGUGGCUUGUGGGCCUCAUGGGAACGAUCUCUUCUCUCAUUGGGGUCUAUCUGACCUACGUGGGGGGCAGCGGGGGGAGCGUAUGAGGGGCAGCUCAGGAAAGGUGUCCCGACAAGGCUUCAGAAGAAGUUGAAGACUGAGUAAUUCCUGCUACAGUUUGCUGGCCCUGGGAGAAAGAGGGACCGUUGCAAUCGGGAAGCCACGCAUGGGGUUCGUGUGUGGGGGUGAGAAUCAGAUUUCUCCCUCCUUAGGGCAGCAUUUCUCCACAAGAAAGGGUACUUCGUUCACCCAGAUUCUCUCUCUGCCUUCCUGGGAGGAUCUACUGCUCAGGGCAUUUGCACAACUCAGGCGCCUGCUUGAGGCCUUUCGCCCAACCAAAGAGAAAUCUGUCCUGUCCUGCCUGCCACUGUCUCCUCAUGGAAAUGAAUCACCAGCCCGAUGCACACGGGCAGCUUCUCAAUGUGUAAACAAUUGCAGCCUAUAAUAAAAAAAGGGGGCACUA